CUUCGGGUCUCAAAAUCGAUUGCAUCGACGAUGCGGCAACGCGAGACUUACUCUCGUCACAAAGAAAACGAAGCCGUACGCAUCGACGACUGGGCGAACUUGUGAUGCAUUCCUCGAGAGAGGGCGGAGGAGCCAUCGCUCAUGAGACUCAUUUCCUACCGCGGGUUCCAAUAUCGCCUCGAAAUCGGACAAACCAUCACUCCGACGACAACAGGUCGUUGAAGGGCAAGGUUGACUCCAGUGCGGAUGAGAAACAAACGAAGAAGAGCGAGAGACCAUCUGCACUACAUGCACCGGGAAAUCUGGAGACUUUGACGCAUCAACUGCGGGAGCGGGAUAUCGAAAUCCUGAAACUCCGGCAUGAGAAUGCGCUUUUGAAGCAGAUAGAACGGCGGCAGCAGAAGGACUUGGAAGCGCUGGAAUGGCAGAGCGAUGAGCAAGUAGUGCGGGCAUUACGAGACGAAAUUAAUGGGCUCAAGAACAAGCUCAAGCUAUAUUUCACGCAGUUAUCUAGUAACGUCCGCGAACUUCGACAUCUGAGUGAGGACAGACAAAGGCUGAAAGACCAAAACUCUCGGCUCGAGAAACUCGCUACCGAUAAGCAGCUUGCAGAUCGGGAACAUCUUCAGCAUGAGGUAGAUGUACUGUCGGUGCGGCUGAAUGAACUCAAUCGGGUGUCGGAGGAAGCUGUCAAGCGCGCCGAGCUCAUAGAGAAAAAUAUGAACAUCGAUAAUCGGCAUCUCCGAGGACGAGCUCAUCAUUUGGAGCGCGAGAACGUGGAGUUUAGGGAAAGGGCGCAAAAGCUGGAAGAUGCGUUGAAGGAGCGAGACAAGGCGAUUGCGUCUUUAGAGAUACAUCGGUAUAAUGCCGUGCACAGAAAACCGGAGCCAGUGAUUUGCAAGAAUUGCCUUGCAAAGGAUCAAGAGAUAACGGAGCUGCAUCGGAUAGCCACGAUACAAGGCAAACUACCCAUCCUGCGCACACCGCAAGUUCUAAAAAAGAUGUCGAAACAUCUCGAACUCAGCUACUCACUACCCGUCCCCUCCAAGAACGAGGACGAAGGCCCCCGGUAUACCCGCGCCACGCUCUCAUACUCCAAGCACGUCAACAUGCAACGGGACGUGACGAGAAUCAAUCUCGAGAUCCCGAAAGCCGGUCAACAGAAUGACGGAGGAGAUGAACAUGGCGGACAGGGCGGACAUGAGAAAGGAGGGAAAGCGGGUGCUUCGAGAACGAAACAUCAGGAUCAGCAUUUACCUUCUGAGGUGGUGAGGACGCUGAAGAUUGAGGGCCUUCAGCCGAGUACGACGUAUUAUAUCCACAUGAGCGUUGGGUAUGAGGAUUUGAACGGACCGCCGACUGCUGUUGCAAAGGCAUCUACAGUUGCAAUCGGCGAGGACAUCGAUCCACCUCCGGGACAACUCAAGCGUGAGAUUUCGCUCCUCGCAGGACCGCCCGAAACCCUUCCGGUCCCCAAUAAACCCAUACUGGAGCUCGUGACUCGAGAUACCGUUCGCGUCGUGACAAACGUCCAGGAGGACGAACAACUAUCCAUCAACCUUUGGCGUUUGUUCGCGGAAGUCGACCAAAGCAUUCUACCUACUUCAACCAGCAGCGAUGCAGAAGCAGCUCCACCAAAGUUGUUCGCGGAGGCACUGGGCAAACUGGAGUCUGGGAAGAUACAGCAUCGCGACUUACUCCCCAUUGAGAUCAAGUCAGGGGAUAGUUUUGCUUAUACGGUGACGGGACUGCACCCGACGGUCGCAUACCGGUUCAGAUUGCAGUACCGUUGUGGGGACAAGUGGUCGGAGUCCAGUGUGCUCAGUGACGAGAUCCGGAUAGAACCUGGCCAAAGACAGCCUACAACGCCUUCGAUAACGGAGCCUGAACCAUCAACAUCGAACGCAGCCGCCAUCGCCCUGCCUCCCUCCCCGCUUCCCCCAGACCCAUCCCCCAUCCCACAACCACAAGAGCAAGCACCGCCAAAAGAACAAAUGUUUCUCCCACCUCCUGCGGAGACACCAGCUGAGGAGCGACAAGCGGAUGACAGGGAGGGACCACCGCCCGGAAAACUCAUGAAGGCUUCGUCGAAAACAGGGUCGAAUUUGACAUUAAAUCAGCGGGUGGAGAACAUGCAUCAUGGGAUGCCGGCCUACCAUGAGCCGCCCAUCGGCGUCAAGACGUGAUGAAUGAGAGAAAGUGGGGAACCAUUGCGGCUUGUAUGAUUGUGAUUGAUGUGCGCGCGUACUUAUACAGCCGACAUGCGCACCUCGAAUACAGAUGCAGUCGACGCUUCUAUGGGUGGAAAUGUGCAUCAGGUCUGCUUCCAUUGCACGUCAAUUC